AGUCAUAUGACUUCCCUCGCGUUGAUUAUGGUAGCUUAAAAGUAGAGUGAGGCAGGCGCACAUUUUCAAUGUCUAUGCUAUCAUAUGGCAACACUUUCAGGGAAUGGUCACUUUGCGUUGCUCCUGAUAUGGCUUGGUAUUUGGCUUUCGGAGUGCAACAAUAUUGGUCCCUCAUUGGACGAUGACCUCCUAUCGCCGUACCCCUACGGCCAUAGCCAUGGACCCUCGCACUCCCACCGUCAUGUCCGAGACUGCCAGUCCGUUGUCCAUGGCAACGUCACCCACCAGACCUGGCCCGCCAGCAACCACACUGGGGUGCCCGUGGCUGAGUCGAAAGUCUUCAUCUCUGACGUCCCUGGCACAAGCCGAUGGGUUACAGGUCACAUUACAGUGGUCCACGACCCCCUGAGGACGGUGUCUGUGCUGGAGCCUGGAGGGCCGGGGGGGUGCGGGAUGAACCGGAGGGAGGCGGUGGAGGAAACUGCUAGAGCCGGCAGGUGUCUCUAUGCCCAGAAUGGAGGUUUCUUUGGUACUAGGACCGGGGAGUGUUUGGGGAAUCUAGUGAGUGACGGGGUGCAAGUCAGAGACAGCGGAGGGUUGCAGAAUGCCCAGUUUGGCAUCAGGAGGGACGGGACGCUGGUGUUUGGUUAUCUCUCUGAGGAGGACGUUAAGGAUGAAGCCAACCCCUUUGUGCAGUUGGUCAGUGGGGUGGUGUGGCUGCUCCGAAACAGCCAGGUCUACAUUAACCAGAGCAUAGAGGCUGAGUGUGACACGACACAGGAGACGGGGAAUUUCCGCCAUUUUGUGGAUGUGGUGUCAGCCAGGACAGCGGUUGGUCACGAUGAGGAGGGGAAACUAAUCCUGUUCCACAUAGACGGACAGACGGACCACAGAGGUAUGAAUCUUUGGGAGGUGGCAGAUUUUCUGAAAGGUCAGGGGGUCAUCAAUGCCAUCAACCUGGAUGGGGGUGGUUCCUCCACUUACGUGGCGAACGGCUCAUUGGCCAGCUACCCCUCGGACCACUGUGUCUCAGACCCCAUGUGGCGCUGCCCUCGGCAGGUCUCCACCAUCCUGUGCGUCCACCAGCCCCAGUGUCAGCCUGAGGACUGCAGCGGGCACGGGAUGUGCAUCAAUGGGCACUGCCAAUGCCAGGAGGGCUGGAGUGGGACUGGCUGUGACACCAUGGUGUGCCAACCGCCCGCCUGUGGUGCCCACGGUGUCUGUACACAGGAUGGCUGUGCGUGUGAUGCUGGAUGGAGAGGGGAGAACUGCAGCCAAGUGUGUGAUUUGGGUUUCUAUGGCGACGGCUGCAACCAGACAUGCGCCUGCACUAACGGGGGCUCAUGUGACACUGUUCACGGUGGCUGCAGCUGCCCCAUUGGUUUCCGUGGCGACUCCUGUGAACAAGAGUGUCCUCUGGGUUUGUACGGGCUGGACUGUGGGCAGGAGUGCCAGUGCCAGGACAUGUGCCCAUGUGACCCGGUCACAGGAAGCUGCAAUGCCCUGUUCCAGGGAGAGAAGAACCAGAGCAUACACAGAGCUGGUCAUUGUCUGGCCAAUCAGAUGUUUGCAACAUGGAGCGAGGAGGAGGCACACAAAUCCAAGCCUUAUCUCUCUGAGCAGCGCUGGCUCAUUGUCACUGGCCUGUUGACCUCUCUGCUGUUGGCCAGCCUGGUGGGUCACAUGAUCAUGUGUUGGUGGUCCGCGGCUCACCACCCCGGCCGUGUGGACUACUCCUACGUGCCACUGACAGAGAUUGGUGGUGCGUGCAGUUCAGGGGUCCGAGGGAAAGGGUCGCAACCCAGCAGAGGCGUAUUCGAGAUGGAGGACUCAGACUCCCAGGAUGAACUGUGGUCGGGUCCGCGCUGAGGGAGGGUGAUGGGGGACGGGUGGGAGUGAGCCUACCCUGUUAGGACCGCCUGGAGGAGCUAUCUCUAACAUAUUGUAAAGAGGGGAGGAAGGUUUAUAUAGAGAAUGGGUUGCAAUCAAUGAAGGAGAGGAAGAGAUGGAGCCAGGGUUAGAGAAGAGCAUAAAGAGGUCAGCGCUGGAGGGAGUGCAGUGCAGAGAGAGGGAUCCAAGAGAGGGAGGGAGGGUGUGAUGAAGAGGCCAUCGGAUGUUUCAAACUCUAACCCCUAUUUGAAGAGGGCAAUUUGUAUUUUCCCUUCGGCUCAUCAGCCACCAUCUCGUUAUCCAGAGUGAAUGUAAAGAAAGAGGAAAAACAGACUGAAAAGAAAGAGGCAUAGAAGUAAGAGGAAGAAAAUAACUUCUCACCUUUUGUACUUUUUUAUACUAAAUUACUAUUUUAUUGUCCUCCACUCUAGAUUUUUCUAAUUGACAAAGAAGAAACAAUAUGCCAACAUAUUUGAUCGUGACUAAUAUCAACAGUAGACUGUUUCCAUAUAAGAAUAGGUAUUUUAAGGGGACAUAAACAGAGAAGGCGAUUCUGGGCCUUUUGUUUACCAUCCUGUUCCACAAGCAUGGGAUGAAUUUCUCCACUUGUUGCCAUGAGAACAGACAAGGUAAGAACUUUGAACCCUAGCCAGGAAAUCCCCAACGCUCCAACCCACUGAACCUUGUAUUUAUGGAGUCCACUUUAUCAAAUGAUUCAAUGUGAAUGCACCCAGGUUCACUGGGAUUGUUUUAAUAUUUCCAAACAAUUUUUUUCUGUGAAGUCAUGUUUCCACUAGCCCCGUGAAGCACCUAUUUUUGUAACUGUUCAGACAAACUGUUGAAAUCAUGUUUAAAGGAUGUCUGGGUGCCAAGUGUGCUUCUGGUUCAGCCAAAAUGUUCUAAGGCAGCAGUAGGGAUUUGAAUGCAGAAAUAAGGAUGUACUCAAACUAGUUUGACAGGACCUGAGUGAGUGUAUAUAUUUUUUUUUUGUCUGACAGAUUGUUUGUUGAUCGCUCCUUGAACCCAAUCUCAAUUCUUUAACAGAAAGUUCAAUCUAGUUAUUCUUCAGUUGAGGCUUCUCACAAAGAUGAGGAAAUCUCUUUUCCAUAUGAGAAUUGUGUGGCAGCUUGGUGAGGUGGAGAUGAGUGAGUUAUAGGGACGAUGAGACUAUUGGGGUAGUAUAUGGUCAUGUUGGGGUGGGGGGGGGUAGUGUAAUUAUGUUGGUUGAGUGGGGAUGUAAAGAAAGGAUGUUGUUCAAUAUUAAUAAAACUGUGGAGAUAUCUAUAUCUCUCAGACUAAGGUUAGGAUUCACUUUGAGACAUACCAGGGGUUGUUAUAUUACAAGGCUGUGGGAGAACACUUGAUGGGAAAUGUGUUUGUUGGUGUUCUUACGUGUGUAUUUAACAUGCAGGUUACCAGAUUGUGGUCUAUAUGGAGGCUGUUAGGGAGUUGGAUUGUCCCACUGAGACGGCUAAUGACUUGUGCUCAAAAACAGUGAAAGGACUUUAUACAGUGAUAAUGACUCACUGUGUACUAGCGAUGCUGUUUUUGUAUAGUUACCUAUCUUGACUCGCACUUCCUUGAACUGGUGAAGAAAAUGGAGGAAUUUCAUUUGCGCUCUCACCAGUGAACCUCAGGCAAGGCAAAAUGCAAAUCAAGGUGAUUGCUUGAGUAGAUGUUUGUUUCAAUACAUUUGCCUGUUGUAGAGUUGCGAGACUGGUUUUGUUUGGUAAAUUGUAGAUGUUUUAUUAUGCUGCUUCUAUGAGCUAGCUGGCCAACUAGAGGUGCCCGGCCUCACUACCCUGGAACAUAUAUGCGGCAGGUUAGCCUUACGGUUAGAGCAUUGGGACAGUAACCGAAAGGUUGCUAGUUCGAAUCUAAGAGCCAUCAAGGUGAACAAUCUCUGUGCCCUUGAGUUAGGCACUUAACCCGAAUUGCUCCAGGGUCACCCUGGCUGUGACCCCACUCUCUGAGGGUGUCUUGGGAAGAGUUGGGAUAUGCAAAAAAUGAAUUUCCAAUUCACAUAUGUGUAUUAAUAGGACAAAUAUAAGCACUCACCAAAUUAUUUUUAUUACAUACUGUAUGCUUGCAAUUAAUGGGUCUUUCGCUUGAAUGUCAUAAUUUUUUUUGCACCCUUUUGCUGUAAUAAUCUUGGCAUAUUAUAAAAAAGUAUUUAAAUGUUUUAUAUUGUUCAGUUGUAGCCCAGCAUGGGUUGUUAUUGUCUGUGUUAACAACAAGCCAGCCCUAGCCAGAGUCUGAGCCAGGCUGCUGUACACACCGGUAGCGUUUGUCGGAGAGUGCCGGACAUAAUUUGCAAACCGAUUCUACAUGUAGAAUCUGUUCGGUUUGUAUUUAUUUUGAAAGGCGCGUUGUGUAAGCUAGCUGUGCUUUGUAGUGACCACUGACUUGAGGGCCCUCUGGAUUUCAGCCAGCCGGAGGAAGAAUGACUGAGCGAUGAAAAAGGGAGCUCCUUUACAUAAACAGGAAGUGCACCUAGAAUAAUGCCAAAUGAUUGGGGUUUGAUUUUAAUAUAUAUUUGUUCAAAAUUGGACUUCCUCUUUGUUUUAGUCAGGCAAGGACAUAAUUAUGUUUAGUUCCCAUCCAAUAAGGGUUAGGAAUUGAUACUUCAAUAUUUAUAAGUUUGAUAAUGUGUUAAUAUUUGUCAAUGAAUGUAUUUGAUGCACUAGAGUCAUGUAUAGUGUUUAAUCACAAACUAAAGUCAAUGAACUGAAACUGGUGUAAAAGUUGCCCAUGAUUAUGCUUCCUUUACUGUCAUUGUUGUGAAUGACUAAUCGCAUACCUUGUCUACUUAACUUCUUGCUGUUAAUAUGCAAAUGUCAAGAAUUAAGAACAACAAAAUGCAGUUUAAGGUGGUUGGCAUGUCACUGCUGAGUUUUAGUAAAGAGUAUUUUUCACCAAUAAAGCCUUUUUUUCAGUAUCAA